CUUCCUUUUAUGAUCAAUUUUAGCCAGAUAGCGUUUUUACACGUUAGUUUCGUCGAAGUGACGUGUGGGCGAAGGGGUUGGGCUGUUCCACGCAGUUUCUGUCAGUUGAGGCGAGUCAGCUGAUAACAGUGUUAACUUCCCACUAGGGCCGAGCGGAACGCUCACAUUGGGACAUCAUUACGUCGAUCUUGCCUGUAUCGGCAAGCAUUUCUUUUCCUUCGUUCGUGUGCUCGGUAAGCCUGUCAGACGCUGUACUACACCAGGCCUAUUAAAACCCCAGAAUCAUCAUUAUAGGAAAAAACGGAACAGACGGGAACACGCUCACGGAGCUUGACCGACGCAAUUUAAAACCGCUGCCUACCCUUAACCCGAAGAUUUUCUUGCCUCCAGGUGAGCUCCUCCUGCGUGUAGAUGAGUUACGAGCAUCCUCCUCCAUACACGGGCCCCGGUCCGGCUGUCUGCCCUCCACCCACUGCUCCUGGCUACCCACCGCAGGGCUACCCACCACAGGGCUACCCACCUCAGGGCUACCCCGUCCAGGGUUAUCCACCUCCCUCAGAUCAGCCACCGUACCCCGGCUUCCCCUCUGGCCCCACCGGCCCCCCUGGGCCAUACCCUGUUCAGCCUGGUUAUCAGGGAUAUCAGGUGCCUCCCCAGCCACCGUAUGGCGGGCAGGCAUAUGGAGAACCUCCCAAAAAUACAGUGUACGUGGUGGAGCAAGGGCGGCGGGACGAUUCUGCUGAACAGGCGUGUCUGACUGCCUGCUGGACAGCUCUGUGCUGCUGCUGCCUGUGGGAUAUGAUGACCUGAUCUGACCCUCUCUGACCUCACUGUUCACCGAGCCCUCAUCCAGAGAAGUCCUCCAUGUUAACUUAUUGCUACUGCAAAAUCAAGCUAUGAUCUAAUGAAUGGGAACGAAUGAUUUUUUUUUUUUUCAGGUACUUCCCAUUUUCCGGUUUGGAAUGCUUCCUUUUUACUCCUUCGGUGACUUCAAAGCUAUGCACUGAGAAAUAUUUAUAGAUGACAUGCAAUCAUAUUUCUAGAUGAAUAUUAAACUGAACAUUUUUUACUUUCUGUAUAGAUUUCAAAGCAAAGGACAUGAGUUGGUUACUAGUAAGUUCUAAUACUGUUAGCAUUGUCCAAAGCUUUAGAAAAGGUAGAUGGUCAGAGAAGUUGAUGAAUGUGUUUUAAUUCAAAGAAUGAAGUGGUGGUGGGGAAAAAUUGCUGUUCAAGCUAAAAUGUUCUCUUCAUUAAAGUAUAUUGAAUAAAGGCCCAUCCAUUUGAGUUUGUAAUUGAACUGAAAAACCUUAGAGUCCAAAAUUGAUAUCUUCUCUAAUGUUUCAAAGUUUGGCGUAUGCAUCUUGCACUCCCAUAGUAAACUCUUGUACGGAGGUGACUAAUCUCAUCAAACUUUAAUUAAAUUCAUGAUGUCAAAACAA